UGCAAACUAAUAAUCAUGUUUUCCUGCUUGGUUUCUCUUUUCCCACUUAGUUUGACACUAAUAAUCAAACGAAAACGGAGCGUAGAGGUUUCAAUGGAUAAUGGAGCAACAUUUGUUGUUGUUCUACACCAAGUGUGGAAGAAACAUCCAUUACACCAAAGUUUCCUGGGAUUUUACAUGAUGGAUAGUCACAGAUUCUCUGAACAAACCCAUGGUUUACUAGGGCAAUUUUUUCACCCAAUCGACUUUGAUAUACUUGAGGUCCACCCUGGAUCAGAUCCACAAAAACCAGAUGCCACCAUGAUUGUGAAAAAUAACCAGUUGACAGUAACCAGGGGAUGGCAGAAGGAUUACACAGCUGAUAUCCAGCAUGGCACCAAUAUCCCUUGCUGGUUUAUUCACAACAAUGGAGAUGGUCUUAUUGAUGGCAAUCACACAGACUACAUUGUUCCCAGCAUAUUUUGAAAUAAAAAAUAAAAAAGAGUGGUGAUGAUCAUGAUAAAAACUUUUAUGAUAUGAUAACUGCUUGUGAUAUCAUCUGAAGAAAUAUUUUAACACUGGAGAUUUAGUUGUGAAUCUAAAUUACUGAAACUGAUAUAUUCAUAAUACAAUUUGUAUAUCUUCUGCUGAGAUUUAAUUUCAAUAAAUUGGAAAACUUUUUUAUUUGC